GACUGGCACAUAGCUCAAUCUUGCAAAAUUUAGUCUCACUCAGUUUUGAUACUAAAAAUAGUGACUCUGUUUUGUUUUUUGAUUGAUAAGAGCCACGAUGCCGAUCCGUGGAAUAGCAAUCAGAUGGCCAGAACUAGAAGAGACCAAUCCCACGGAUGCACUAAGGGGUGCAUUAGCCGAGUUCAUUAGCACACUAAUAUUUGUGUUUGCUGGUGAGGGUUCUGGCAUGGCCUUCAAUAAGCUCACUGAUGAUGCCUCCACCACACCUGCCGGGCUUGUAGCCGCCGCGUUGGCACAUGCUUUUGGCUUAUUUGUUGCCGUCUCAGUCUCCUUCAACAUCUCCGGUGGCCACGUCAACCCGGCUGUCACCUUUGGGGCCUUCCUUGGUGGCCAUAUCAACCUCCUUCGUGGUAUCCUCUACUGGAUUGCUCAACUCCUUGGCUCUACUGUGGCUUGCUUGCUCCUUAAGUUUUCCUCUGGUGGCUUGACAACAUCGGCGUUUUCGUUGUCAACUGGGGUGUCCGUGUGGAAUGCAUUCGUGUUAGAGAUCGUGAUGACAUUUGGGUUGGUUUACACAGUUUAUGCGACGGCCUUCGAUAAAAGAAGCGAAGGAAAUAUUAAGAUAAUUGCACCAAUUGCAAUUGGUUUCAUUGUUGGUGCCAACAUAUUGGCUGGUGGGGCUUUUGAUGGGGCAUCCAUGAACCCAGCAGUGUCAUUUGGGCCAGCUUUGGUCAGCUGGGACUGGACCAACCACUGGGUCUACUGGGUUGGGCCUUUGAUCGGAGGUGGAAUUGCUGGCCUUGUGUACGAGUUCUUCUUCAACCACACUAAUCAUCGCCAGAUUCACCACGAGCAAUUGAUAAGCGCACAUGAUUAGAGAGAGAGAGAGAAAUAUUAAAUGCAAACGUAUGGUCAUUUGGACCAACGGCCAUGUAGCUUGUCCAUGUUCUUGGUAUUUCAUUAUUUUUGAGGUCUUAUUAUUCCUUUUUUGUUUGUUUGCUAUGCUUUCAAUUUGGACAUUGUUGAUUUUAGCUUCAUUAUUGUUGAUAUCACCAUCUUGCAAUUCAUUCA